ACCGACGACACGAGUGUUCGACCAAGUUUAGUGAGAAGCGAGGAGGAACGGCACUGCACGCUGGCUGCGAAUGGUCGAGUAGAGCCGCCGCGCCGCGCCGCCCGCUCCCGCAGUCCGCCUGCCGCGCCGGUUCUGCGCGCUCCACGCUAACCGCAUCAUGGUAAUGGACAACCGUGCGAAUGAAGAUAGCGAUACAGAACAUAACUCUUCAAUUUUUAUAACUAAUUUUCAAAAUGGAGACGUCGUGAACUAUUCCUUAGUUUUGAUUAAGGGAAUCAUAACAAGAGGCAAUUCGAACAAUCAUGAAAAACUCACGUGCACAUUAAAAAGUGAAAACUUUCAAAACAAAACUCAGUGGGACGUUUACAAUGGAGAAUUUAAAGUGAUCAUAGAACUUAGAAGAGGUGAAAAUGUUAUUGAACUGGAAUACGCUGAACAGCAACGAAAAACGUUACUCUUGGAUUAUACUCCACGAAAAACAAAUCUGCGAGUAACUCCAGUCUACAUCAUAUGUCAAGGUCACGACGGAUGUUUUCAAAGUCCGCCAGAUAUCGACAACUCGAUAGAAAGUGCCUGUUCUAGAAUUGCGAUUGGUUCAAAAUUGAUCCAAUGUUUAACAGCAGAAAAACUUUUUGAGAGUGGUAUUGGAAGAAAAACAUUCCAACUUGAACAUGAAGUUAAUCCUAAAAAACCAGAAUGCAUUGUAUUCAAAAGCAGCCUCAACGUUAACAAGGCCAGAAAAAUGAAACAAACCGAGUUAUGGUCACAUUUUGGAAGAGAACUGAUGCUUUCUGAUUUAGGAAGUAACGAGAGAAAAUUCUUGGGCUUCAUAUCCUGCACUCGAUUUAAAGGUACUGAUAUUGAUAAGCCCAUGACACACGAAGAGAUUGUAUCUCUUACUGAAGCAUACGCUGCAUUAGGAGGAGGAGGCUUGGCUCUUUUCGGGACAGCUUGUCUGUAUACCUGGCCCACGACUGUAGAAGAAAUCAUUCCAAAAUUCUUAGAUGCGACCCCAGUAAACAUAAGGCGAUUUAUGGACGACAGUGGAUAUCGAGGAACACUAGGAGGAUGUUUCGCAACUACACUAGGUUCAGUAUUCCAUGAACUUGGUCACACAUUUGAUCUUGGGCACACCAAAGAUGGUAUUAUGGGAAGAGGUUUCGACAAUAUCGACAGGGUAUUUGUUACCGGCGAAAAACGAUCAGCUCUAGUGAAAGAUAACAUGAAUAACUUUAAUGGAAAACCAGUACAACAUUCUACCGUUUCACUACAGCGUAAUAUAAGUGUAACUAUGAAUGUUGCGGAACCAUUGCGGGUUUUAGGACCAAGAAGUAAAACAACGUUAGGUAACUUUGCUGCAAUGUCCAAAUCUGAUAUUAUAAGAAGAAGCCCAAAUGUGACUCCGAUUACUAGACCAUCUAGUGUUUAUUCAAACAUCACAAAUAGGCUUACGGAUUCAAAGAAAAAUGUUAAUCGGACCAAUGGGAAUGACUCUAUUUAUUGGACAAGAAAUUGUGCUGUAUUACUAUCCUAUCAUCGCUGGUUCAAUAAUGAAUAUGGAAGAGAAAGACAAGCAAUAACAAGAUAUUUAAAAUUUGAUAAAAAUAAAAUGAUGAUCAUCUCUACAGCUGGCAUCAGAAUAGUAGAAGUCCGAGAUGAGUCAAAUGGGAUGGUUUUAGAUUCAUACGAAUUUACUAAUCUUGUACCAGAAAAGAGAUUCUUGGUUCCAUUUACGUUUUCUCCUAAAACCAAAGUGUUGACGAUAGUAGUGGAGGAUGAUUUGGGAAACGUGCUAAAACAGACAUUUUCAUAUUAAGUCGUUGGCGUAACAGUAUUAGGAAAGUUGACAAUAAAAGUGAAGAAAGAUAAAGUUGGAAACAAGAAGAAUAAAGUAUUACACAUUAUAGAAACGUUUAAAAUUAAUGUUUCCUCAUCUAGAAAUAGGUACUUGUAAGAGAAUAAGAACUGUACAUAAGUAAAAAGUGAAAAAACAGUGAUUUAUUCCCGUGCGUGCAUAAUUUAUUUGAAUGGUAACCCUAAAUGAUAGUGGGCAACUGGAAAAUAUGACAUUUGUGUGCUUCUGAAAAUAGCAUUAUAUUGUUUGUUUCAUAAUUUUGAUAUUGAUAAACACCGAAGGAAUGAGUCAUGAAAUGAGUGAGAUAUACAUAUAUAUGUUGGGCACAUAACUUUUUAUCAGUACUUAAUCAAUGCUAGUAGUAUCUCUGUACUGAAAAUGGCUAGCACCUCUACAAACGAGCCCUGUUUUUUCCUCCGUAUAAAACAUUUUCCACCGGUUAUAAAUGGAAGAAUUAAUAUACAAGAAUUUAUAGAAGCAUCUACGGAUUUAGUUGCAGUAGUAGAACGCCUUGGCUCGGUAUUCGCUCCUGUAAAGUUUGAUAUGCAAGGAAAUAUCGACAAAUUAAAAAAUCUAUACAAAUAUGACGAGAACUCUUGCUUACUGGAGUUGAUGCUUGCUGAAAAUGCUAAUGGUUCGCCUGUUGCAGCUGAAGGUGUACUGUGGCUAAACAGGGCUUUGCUAUUUUUUGAGAUUGUAUUUUCCCAAAUCCUGACUCAUGUGCAAGCCAAUGAUGUUGAUAUAAAUAUGAAAAAGAUAUUUACUGUGGCUUAUGAGGGGUCAGUGAAAAAAUAUCACAACUGGGUCACCCAACAAAUAUUUUCUUUUAUAUGUAAAAUGUCCCCGACUCUUCCUCAAGUAAUAAAAUCUUUUGAAAUGGACAAUGACAUGAAAGGAUUCGAAACAAAAAUUGAAAGCUUUCAGAAAACUUUGCAUUUAGUUAGACAUAAAAUUGAUGAGUUCUUCAUAGAAAAUAAUCUAUUCACUGACCAGAUAAAGAAAUAAUAAUUUAUUUUAUCAUUUUUAUUUAUAAAACUUUGACAAUUAUUAUAAAAUUUAAUGUACUAAUUGAAUUUGAAAUAUAUAUUUUUUUAUUUUAAGCAUAAUUUUAUUAAGGUAAAGUAUGUGUGAAGAGAAUGACAAAUAUUUUGAAUGCUAAAUUGUACAUAGUAUUAAAUACCAAAUAUAAUAAUAAUGCCUAAGAGUGUACCAUAGUGCUGUGUUAGUAAGGUUAAAGUAUGCGCCUGAGGCUGUUACAUGGAUGAAGAUAUGAGAAUAGAUAAUUUAUUUUAUAAUUCCAUAAGAUAAAUAGCACUAAUGAAUUAUAUUCUGAUGUGUGGUAGUCCAGAGACAUUUUGUUUAUCUAUAAUUUAUGAUUAGAUGAAAGAAAUAAUGUCCAGUGCCUUGUGAAAUAUUUGAAGGCAAAGUAACAAUUUUAUAAGACUCCAAACAUUUUACCAAGAGGUUAUAUUUGAUACAAUUAAGACUUAGAUUAUAGUUCGAUGAUAGGUAUGUCAUAAUACCUCAAGAUAAAGGUAUUAAUAGGUAUAAAAAUAGUGUUUUGUGUGAUUCAUUAUGAAGUAAUGUUUAUUUAAUGUUAUUCUGAGUGUACAAUGUAUUUAAACUUCGAUAAUUGCUGUUAUUGUAUCUUGAUCUUAAUUUAGAUUGUAUUAUGUUACAAUAAUAUGUGUAUCAACUAAUAUUUAAUUAUUACAAAUACCAAAGCUUUGCUUUCAUACACUUUCACACUUAUAUUCAAGUCCUUAAUUAAUAAAGUGAGCAUUUAAUGUUGUGUAACAACAUAAUAAAGUCUUUUCAUGUAA